AUGACACUCCUCCGAUUCGCGCCUUCGCCAACUGGCGCUCUGCAUCUGGGCGGCCUCAGGAUGGCCCUGUUCAACCACCUGUUUGCCAGGAAAGCAAAGGGAAAAUGGAUAUUGCGAAUAGAGGAUACAGAUGCGUCACGUAUGGUGCCUGGCUCUGUCGAGGGAAUCCAAAAGGCUCUGGAAUGGGCGGGAUUGAACUACGACUAUGGACCUGGCGUUGGUGGCCCACACGCUCCAUAUUUUCAAUCAGAAAGACUGGACCUUUACCGUUCCUACACCACAAAGUUACUCACCACUGGACAUGCAUACCGCUGCUUCUGCUCGGUAGACACCCUUACUCAAGUCCGCGAAAAGCUCGCUCGAACAGGCUCCAACUCCACUUAUGACCGACGAUGUCUCCAUCUGACAGAGGAGGAAGUUGCGCGUCGAGUUCGUGCAGGCGAAAAACACAUCAUAAGACUCAAUACAAGUGGGGUCUUUGCUCGACGUCCAGUGAUCGAUUUGGUAUUUGGUGGCCUUAAAGACGCCCACGGUUCCCUUUCUACGGAUCCUGUUCUCUUGAAGACCGAUGGGUACCCAACCUACCAUCUUGCGAAUGUCGUGGAUGACCAUACUAUGGGCAUAACUCAUGUUCUGCGCGGAGAGGAAUGGAUAACCUCUCUUCCUCUGCACCUUGACAUAUACUCUGCCCUCGGUGUUGAGCCCCCGCAGUAUGCUCAUAUUCCUAUUCUUGUCAACCCUGAUGGGACCAAGAUGAGCAAACGAAACGGAGAUGUCAAGGUCGCGGAUUACAUCGCGCGCGGGUGGGAAAAAGAUGCAGUUCUUAAUUGGCUUGCGCUUUCUGGCUGGGGAGCCCAACACGAGCAACAAGUCGUCGACGACUCGGUCACUGAACGAACGGUCAAGACAGCGCCGGAUAGCACUAAGGUCAUGAACAUAGACCAGCUCAUUUCAGAGUUCGACAUUGCGGCAUUGACACACCGAUCUUCGUCUUUAGAUCAAGGCAAACUGGCAUAUCUCAAUCGGCAACACCUGCUCCAAGGUGCCUCCACGCCCUCUGGUCUGGCUGAUGUCGCUUCAAGAGUCAGGUCCUGGCUGGACGAGAGCAAACCUCUGGGCGAGAUAAGUCUCGAGUACACAUUCCCCGAAUACAUCGAGAAGGUUAUUCGUGUCCUAGACACCCGGGCCACCAACAUCCGCGACAUAGUCACCCUAGCGCCAUACCUUUUCGUCGAGCCCGACUAUUCCACUGAUGAUGCGCGCGAAAUGGUCCGAAAAAUCCAACAAGAGGAACGAAGCAGCGUAGUGAAGGAAUUCGGUGAAGAUUUAGAGAACAUCCAGUCGUGGGACUCGAGCUCCCUCAAUGAAUGUAUUUCUUGCGCAAAAAAACGCUCCAAGGUGCUAUUACCAGCCGUGAGGCAUGCAUUGACCGCAGUGAAGGAUGGCCCUCCCAUUGUGGAUCUUUUGCUGGUACUGGGAAGGAAGCGCAGUGCUACCCGUAUGCUGGCUGCGGCGAUGGAUUCAGGGUACCUUCCCUUGCAGUAG